AUGUUCAAACGCAUGUUAAAUAAAUUGGAGGACCCAAACCGGCCAUUUCUGGGCCCAGUCGACAAAUACCUGUCUUUCUGGGGAAUGUGGCUUCCCAGCGGUUUCAAACGGAGAUGUUUCGCUAUACUUUUGCACGUUCUCGAAACAAUUUUCAUAAUUACCGAAUUCAUUGACAUUUUCUGCGUUAAAGGAAGUUUGCACUUGCUUCUAACGAACUUAAAGUUUUCUAUGCAGGGACUUAUAAAUAUUUGCAAAGCUUGGUCUUUUAUAGCUUGGCAGAAGGAUUGGCGUGAUGUUUGCGACUAUGUGACUAGAGCUGACUUGGCUAAUAGAUCGGGGAAUCUGAAGACGAAAAACAAUAUAGCCAAAUACACGCAGUACUGCAGAAAAGUCAUGUUCAUUUACUGCCAGUUUACUUUUGUCACGGCUUUUGUUGUUAUAUUUCAGCCCGCUUUCAAAUAUCUGUUAACUUCGAAAUACAGGGAUAACGUCAAAUCAGGCGACGAAAAAUACAUGCAGGUAGUAAGUUCGUGGGUACCAUUCAACAAAUACGAAAUGCCCGGAUAUUUCUUCACUUGCCUCAUACAAGGCUACGGGACGUUAAUGGCCGCAGUGUGGAUCUCUUCAUACGACAUGAUCGCUCUGUCUGUUAUAAUUUACAUACGGGCUGAAGUGGAAGCGUUGAGAAUCGACACGGCGGACAUAUUUAAUGGAGGCGUUCCGUUGCGGAACAUCGAAUAUUGUCAUAAGCGCCAUGUUGAAUUGUUACGGUACAGUCGUCUCUUCAAUUCGUGCACGUCGCCAAUUUUAAUGCUCUACACUUUUAUAUGUACCGUGAUGCUUUGUUCUACGGCGUAUCAAAUAACUUAUCUGGAAUCAAGUAAAAUGCAACAGUUGAUGAUCGUGAUGUACCUUCUGUUUGGUAUAUUGCAGCUUUUCCUCUACUGCUGGCAUAGCAACGAGGUUUAUUAUGCUAGUAUGGAGUUAGCUCGUGGUCCAUACAAAAGUGAGUGGUGGAAGCAAAACGCUUCAAAUCAAAGGAGUAUUUUUAUUCUUGUCGGUGAACUAUCGAAAACUAUUAUAUUUACUGCUGGGCCGUUUACUAAUCUUACUGUUGCUACUUUUAUUAAUAUACUGAAAGGCGCUUAUAGCUAUUACACGCUGCUUUAA